AAUCAAUGCUUUCAGUGUUUUAAUGUAUUUGUUAGCCGUUGUGCUCAACACUAACACAUAUACUGUAAUACAUUAUAACGUAUAGUAAAGUACUGUAAGUCUCACUCAAUGUGUGAAUGUUUAUCACAUAUUCAUUGAGUGAUGCGUUCAAUGCGUUCACAACUUGAAUGACUAACCAUUGAUUGCAUUGAAUUGAUUGAUAGAUACAGACAUCGAUUGAUUGCAAACAAGACUUGAUUUGUCACUCUUUGGUAUUAAAUUAACCGAUUGUUCAAACAUUUUGGGUGUCAUUACAUGUGAAUCGUGUUUGCAGUUGACAUAUCGGUCACUGAUAUAGUUGUCAUCAGCAGUCAUAAUGUCAUCAUCGAGUGGGACGUCCAGUGGUGCCGGUGCUCAUCGUCACCGAUACAAGAAUCAGGGUUUGGACGCAACAGAACUUAGGAGGAGAAGAGAGGAAGAAGGCGUCCAAUUAAGGAAACAAAAAAGAGAUACUGAACUUUGCAAACGAAGAAAUUUAGCACAAACUGGUGAUGAAUGGUCUCAAGGAUCACAACCAGACGAUUCGGGUAUCAUUGGCAGUCAAAUCACACCCGAAAUGGUGGCCGCGCUUUAUACGGACGACACGGAACAACAACUUAUAGCUACACAAAAAUUUAGGAAACUUUUGUCAAAAGAACCAAACCCACCGAUUGAUGAAGUGAUCCAAACGGGAAUUGUUCCGCGAUUUGUUGAAUUUCUUCAUAGGGAUGAUAACUCAGUUCUUCAAUUUGAGGCUUCAUGGGCUCUGACCAACGUUGCGUCUGGCACUUCAUUGCAGACCCGAAUGGUGAUCGAAGCGGGAGCUGUUCCAGUGUUUAUACGACUUUUAGAGUCAACUCAAGAGGACGUACAGGAACAAGCAGUUUGGGCUUUGGGUAACAUUGCUGGCGAUUCCCCCGAAUGUCGAGACUUUGUGCUGAAUAACGGAGCUCUCAUGCCUUUACUUCAAUUGUUAGGAAAAUCUUCACGAAUAUCAAUGACCCGGAAUGCCGUUUGGGCCCUCUCUAACCUUUGUCGCGGCAAAAACCCUCCGGCAAAGUUUGAAACUGUCAGUCCAUGUCUGCCUGUUUUGGCGCGACUUCUCUUUCACAAUGAUAGUGAUGUCUUAUCAGAUGCGUGUUGGGCGCUAUCAUAUCUUAGUGAUGGUCCCAAUGAAAAAAUUCAAGCCGUAAUCGACGCUGGAGUUUGUCGCCGAUUAGUAGAACUAUUGAUGCAUUCAAACCAAAGCGUUGUAUCGGCCGCCUUGAGGGCCGUCGGCAAUAUUGUGACCGGCGAUGACAUGCAAACUCAAGUAAUUCUUAAUUGCAAUGCUUUGCCGUGUCUUCUGCACCUUUUGUCAUAUACUAAAGAGUCGAUCCGAAAGGAGUCCUGUUGGACGAUAUCCAACAUUACCGCCGGAAAUAAACAACAGAUUCAGGCGGUUAUUAACUCUAAUAUAUUUCCAGUUCUCAUUGAGAUCUUAACUCGCGCCGAAUUCAAGACCCGAAAGGAGGCGGCGUGGGCCGUGACAAAUGCUACCAGUGGUGGAUCACCCGAACAAAUAAAGUAUUUAGUAGAUCAGGGAUGUAUACCUCCAUUAUGUGAACUGUUGACUGUAAAUGAUCCCAAAAUAAUUCAAGUGGCACUUAAUGGCCUCGAAAAUAUCUUAAGAUUAGGUGAUGUUUUGGCUAAAGGUCCUAAUGGUAGCGGAAUUAACGAGUUUGCCGUUAAAAUAGAAGAAUGUUAUGGUCUCGACAAAAUAGAGUAUUUGCAAUCACAUGAAAACGUAGAGAUCUAUCAAAAAGCUUUUGAAAUCAUCGAACGAUACUUUGGUACUGAAGAUGAAGAGUCAGCCAUUGCGCCGACAGUCGAUGAUAACAAUGAGUUCCAAUUCGGUUCAGCCGAUACUACAAACAAUGAAUUUAAAUUUUAAUUUGAUUUUAUUAAUUAAGCACUUGUUUUAGCAAAAGAUGUAUUGAUUAGUCAGUAGUUCAGAUGUUUAUUAUUAUUCGCAGCUUUUUAUUUCAAUUUUAAUUAUAAUUCAAAUGAUUCGAUUAGUUUGAAAUAGUCUCCAAAUUAAUGUUAAUUAACUUUAAUUUUUUAAACAAAUUAAUUUCUAAUUUGGUUUCAAUUAAAUUGUUUAAAAACAUCUUUUGCUUUUAUAUUUGUUAUAAUUGUGAGACAAAACAAGACAUUAAUAAUACAACAUUUAAUGAACGCCAACAACAUAUUAAUAAUGAUAAUAUAAUAAUAAUAAUAAUAAUGAAAAUUAUUGAAUUAAA